UCGGCCCGGGUCCCAGCUGCCGCCCCCUUUCUCUGCUCGCUCCAUCCCACCAAGAGGAGUUGAUGCUGCCGUCGCUGCCGAAGCUGAUGGAUGCCGAGGAGUGCCGCAUUGCUUAGCGUCCCCGCCUCCGGCUUGUGCUGAUUCCCUCUCCCCGCCCUGGAGCGCAGCGCUGGAGAGCCACCUUAUUAUUAAUCAGAAUUCCCAUCGCUAUCCCUGGCAGGCUCAGCCUUCAGUCGGGCCCGCAGAAGCCUCGCAGCGCUGGGGCUGAGAUGUGCGUGGGGGUUGUUUUUGUUCCAGCCUGGAAGAGAAGAGGACCGCGCCAGGAGCGCCAACACCCGUGCUGGUUGGGAGUCCGAGUGUUCUGUUAGGUGAGAGAAAGGACGAGAAGUGGAGAACUGGGCUGACGGCAUCCUUUUUUCGAAGCCAGGGAAGAGGGAACCAAAGUCAGGCGUUGUGUUUCUUUAGGGGCUGGGGAACGAAGUUUAUAGCCUUCCCAGAAAAGCUGCUGGAAAGCUGGAGCAACAGGGUACUUGACUGGACACCAAGACAAACCAUUUCCUGCGCAGAAGAGGAACCCGGCUGUAGCCCGGGGUUUGGAGGCCAGAGCGUGGUGGUUUGUUGGGACAGUCAGCAGGAGGACCGGAAGGCUCCAGAGUCAGCAGAACAAUGACUCAUUUACAAGCCGGUCUCUCUCCAGAGACCCUGGAGAAGGCUCGCCUGGAGCUCAAUGAGAACCCAGACACCUUGCACCAGGACAUCCAGGAGGUGAGGGAUAUGGUCAUUACCAGGCCGGACAUUGGCUUUCUGCGCACAGAUGAUGCCUUCAUCUUACGGUUCUUGCGGGCCAGGAAGUUUCAUCACUUCGAGGCCUUCCGCCUCCUGGCACAGUACUUUGAGUACCGGCAGCAGAACCUGGACAUGUUCAAAAGCUUCAAGGCCACUGACCCUGGCAUCAAGCAGGCACUGAAGGAUGGCUUUCCCGGGGGCCUGGCCAAUCUGGACCACUAUGGCAGGAAGAUUUUAGUCCUUUUUGCUGCCAAUUGGGACCAGAACAGGUAUACAUUGGUGGAUAUUUUGCGUGCCAUCUUACUUUCCUUAGAAGCCAUGAUUGAAGAUCCUGAGCUUCAAGUGAAUGGGUUUGUCUUGAUCAUAGACUGGAGUAAUUUCACCUUUAAGCAAGCCUCUAAACUUACACCAAGCAUGCUACGAUUGGCUAUUGAAGGCCUUCAGGAUAGUUUCCCAGCACGAUUUGGAGGAAUUCAUUUUGUUAACCAGCCCUGGUACAUCCAUGCACUAUAUACUGUGAUCCGGCCUUUCCUAAAGGAGAAGACUCGGAAAAGGAUAUUUUUGCAUGGUAACAACCUGAAUAGUCUACACCAGCUAAUUCAUCCUGAGAUCCUGCCCUCUGAGUUUGGGGGAAUGCUGCCCCCAUAUGACAUGGGAACAUGGGCAAGAACAUUGCUAGACCACGAAUAUGAUGAUGACAGUGAAUACAAUGUGGAUUCCUACAGCAUGCCGAUGAAGGAAGUAGAAAAGGAACUCUCUCCGAAGUCCAUGAAGAGAUCCCAAUCGGUAGUGGAUCCAACUGUACUAAAACACAUGGAUAAAAAUGAGGAAGAAAAUAUGCAACCAUUGCUCUCUCUAGAUUGAUAGCUUCUCUACACUCCCCGUGGAUUAGAAAUGGAAGGUACUAGAUAUCAGUCACAGGGACAACACUGUGGAGAAAUUACCAGCUGGAAACGUAUUUAUUCAUGUUAAUGUAGCAUGGAAUAUAAUAAGGCAUCAGACUUUUCCAUUUGCCUGAACCAUGGGUGCCCUGGUCUGAAUUUGAAGAAAAAAAUGUUUAUUCUGUAAGUGCCAAGUUCUUUGUAAAUACACUGUAAUCUUCACAUUUACUUUGUAAAUUUUGGUAGUAACUUCACUUGGAAAAGACUGACUCCUAAGUCAUAUUAUGCCAGUGAAAUGAACUGUAACAAAAAAUCAGAAAAGAUACAUAACUAAUAAAAGCAAAUUAAACAUAGCCCUGUUUCCUAUGAAGCCAUAUUUCUGCUAUCAUAGUGAUUGUUUCAUUGAUUGUUUCUCGAAACUCUUGUCAUCUUCUAUUGUACUUUUAAUGGGCACGGGGAACUAAAUAAUGGUAGAAAAUUAUUAUAAAGGUGUACUUCCUAUUUAAUGAUUUUCAUUUCACGGAAAAUGUGUCCUAGUGAAUAUCACUGGCCCUUCAUUUUGGAGACAAAGAAUGGUAGAUGGAAUUGUAAACUGAACAUUUGAAUUCUGAUAUGUUGUUUAAUUUCUGGUGUCUUGUGGAAAAAUGUUUCCCUAAUUUAGUUGUGGGGUUCUGGAAGAGAGUGGGUUCUUUUUAAACUGCUGUCAUCCUGUGUCUUUUAUUUAAGACCUAUUAUAUCUUUGUCUGAGCUACUUUUAGUAUAUUUUCCUCCAACAGUCUUUGACCAAGAGAAAGCAAACUCAUCCUUGAAUAGUGUUUUGGCAACUGACUUUGAACAUAAUGUUUAAAAUUUACAGAUAAGAAAUUAAUUUCUAAUUCUUAUGUAUUGUUAGAAAUAUAUGUAUAUGUAUAUACAUAAAGCAUAUGUCUAUGCAUAUGUGCAUAUAAAUUUACACACAUAUUGAUUGAAGUCUAAUAACUCUACAAUAUUACUUGAUUAUGAAAAACAUUAUUGACACUCAGCAGAUUUGGAAAUCCCACAGAUUAUUAUACAAGAUGCUAAUACUGGAAAAUCAUUUCCUCUAAAGUUGAUAAAAUUAUGGUGAAAUAGACUUUGUGUACCUAUUUUAAGAAAAUUCCAACUUAAGUUAUUAUGCAAUCAUGAGUCUGUGCCACUUUACUGAAGACUAUCUUUUCUUCAAAAACAUCUCGGUAUAGCAUAGUAGUAUAUGACUAAGUGUAAUACAUCUUUUCUCAAAUUCAAGUUAAUUAUCAUAGUGAUUCUAAACAUACACAUUUUUUUUUUCAGAAAAAACUGAUGCAUUUAGAAGACAUAAAUAAAGUCUUCCAAGAGGCAUCUUGAGAUAGCAUGUUAUAGUUUAAAUCUAGAUUUUAAAUUCUCACAUAUUUUGUUUACAUUUCAUAAAAGUUCUAGUUGUUUGUUUAUAAUUCAUAAAAGUUCUAGUUGUAGAAUGUUUUUAAAAUUGUACUUUGCAUUUCAAAUCUCAAUGUGUGAAAGCAAGAUUCUACAACUUUUUAAAGUGAUAAAUUUUAGGAUUAAAAAUUCACCAUAAAAUAUUCUCUGUACCAAAAAAGAAUCUCAAGAAACACUUGAAAACCAAAAGAAAUAAAAGUGUGUAAUCUCCCUUAUAUAUAUAUAUAUAUAUAUAUAUAUAUGUAUACAUACAUAUAUGUAAGCCAAAAGCCUCAAAUACUGUAACUAUAAUUCAGCAGUUAAAAUAUUACAACAAAGAUCAUUAUACCAAUCCUCAGUAUACUGAUGAACUGUCUAAUAUUUAAAAAUAGAGACCCAUUAAAAAAGAUAACCUCAAAUCAACUACGAAAGACUACCAGGAAUUCUUACAAAUGUUCAGAAAUUGGCUAAAUUGUGAUUAAAGAGAAACCUAACCAUCGAUGCAUCUACUUUUUCUUUUAGCUUUCCUCACUCCUCUCCCCUCCCUUCUCCCCCCUCCCUCCCCUCCGUCCUCUACCCUCUUUUCUCUUCUCCUCCCCUGCUCUCCCCUGCCUUCUCCUCCCCUCCCCUCCCUUUCUGUUCCUUUCCCUUACUUCUUUUCUCUUCCCCUCCCCUCCUGUCCUUCCCUUCUCUUCUCUUUCCUGCCUGUCCCUUCCCUCCUCCCUCCUCUCCCCUCCUCUCCUCUCCUCUUUUUUUUUUUGCAUACCCCACUUAUAUUUUAUGGUUGUGGCAUUUAUAUACUUUAUAAGCAAGUAUUAUAAAAUGAGAUACCUUAGAAUAAAAUAUAACAGUAUAGAAGGGUGACUAAUUUUUCAUUCUAAUUAAUUUAUUUUGAUGCGCAUCUUACUUUCAUCAGAUGACAUUCAGUAUACCCAACUUCUUUUCCCUAAUAUAAGGCAACAGUCAUAUAUUAAAAUAACUGAAAUGAUAUUUACUGUGGAUACCUGUGCAGUUAAAGUAUCAGUCACACUGUCUCCUUACUGUAUAUUUAGAAACUUUGCACUGGCUCUAUUGCUCUAAUUUGUUCCUCUUGAAGUAAAUAAUUGAAAAUCAAGUUUAUUGUGUAAAAUAUUUUUAAAUGAAUGAAAGAAUUACAGUGAUGCCUUUUGAAUUGCUAUAAAUAUUUCAUUCUUUGAGUAAAUUCAUUUUCUAGUAAUACUAUUCAAGUUACUUAGGCAGGGAUAGUUGAUGAAAUUUAUAAAUUUAUCUUUUAGCACCAUAUAAUUUCCACUACUAAGGAGGAAAUUAUUCCCCUCUACUGAGAUUUUCUGUGUCACAUAGUAUGUCUAUUAUUAUAUAACUUUGUGCUCUUUAUAAUUAUGAUGCUACACCCCCUUCUCUCCCUCCCUCCCUCUCUCUCUUUCUCUUUCUCUCUCUUUGUGUCAUGCACACACAUACUUUAAUGAAUCUGCAUCUCUUGUGAGCAGAUUUUUUCUACUCAUCUUGUAUCACAAUUUGUGGACAUCAAAGAAUUAUGAAAUUAAACUGAAAUAAACCAGUGGCCCAUUUAAUUUUCUUACUUUAUCUGCUUCAUCUACCAUUUCUUAAUGUAUCUUCUUCCCUUCACUGUUUCAGGGGCAGCUUCUUCCAAAGCUGAUUUGAAAAUAAACUGCUUAUCUUAUGUUGUUUGUAGUAUUUGCAUACACUUUCUGAUCGGUAUUUUAAAGAAAGAGAUUUUCAUAAAAAUGUAAUCUAAGAAAUAUAAAGAAGUGCCUCUUUAAAAAUAGAAUAAAGCAGUGAUACUAGAAAAUGAACUUUAUUUGUACUGUCUUACAAAAUAUAAAUUUAGGCAUCUAUAUUAUUAGAUAACAUUAGAUAUAUCCUGAGCACUGCAGGGGUGGAGGUCACUGGUGUUCCCCAAAAUCACAAAGCCAGAGCAGCAUGGCCACCACAAGCCCCAACAUUGAAAUAUAUCAUUGAUUGAUUGAAUAUAACUAGAAGUAACUACCAAGCCCCUGAUUCCUGCUUGGGAAUUGUCCCAACACAAGAUAGCUGUAAAUACCACUUGAAGUAGGAUAUAAAGAUUUGCUUUCAACUUUAAAGUAGUUAUUGUGUGAGAUCAAUACAGUCCCAGGUAUAUGUUGCUCAUAUACCUAGAAUUAUGCCAAAUAAUACACAAGUAUUAGACUUAACGCUAGCAAGAUUUUGAAGUGGACACGCAUGCUUCAUCUUAUUUCAGUUUGUCUAAAAUUGUUUGUCUACAUGCAGAGACAUCACUUAAAUCUUGUCAUAAAAAAGCUUGUUUAAUUUACAGGACUGAAUGUACAAGAGAGCUAGGUUCUUGAACAGUGGUAACUAGGUCAAAUUGUUAUAUUAAACAUUUGAAGUUUCCAUAUCCUGGAGGGAAGUCUCUCAUGCUUUCAGAAAAUGGAGUUAUGGAUUUUGGGAAACACAUUUAUCACUCUUCGUGGAAAGACCCUUAAUGGAUAACAUAAUGUGUCUUCAGGAAUAGAAUGCUUUGUCUCUGCAAACAACAUAAAGGUUUAUGCAUGUGUCUAUGGUAUUUUAUAUAGAUAUCAUUAAUCAUAUAUUUAUUGAUAUAUAUAGAUAUUUAUAUCUAUACCUAUAUUUUCAUAUCUAUAUAUAUCAAGAAAACCUGCUGGUAGCUAGUGUGCUGUCUCAGUAGUAGAGUAUUUGUUUUGCAUGUGUGAGACCUUGAAUUUGAUCAAUGAUCACACACACAUAAUAAGGAAAGAAAGCAAGCAAAAAAAGAAAACUUGCUGGAGGGAUGUAUACACUCUUGUUGUUUAUACAAAAAGCUCAUUGGUCUAGCUGGUUGAUAAGAUCUCCUUUGCUCCUUCUCUUGUAUUUCUUAAAAAUUACUUGAAAAAUUGCCAUUAGCCAUGAAGUGAUUUCAGAAUGAUUUUAAAUGCACAAGAUGAAAUGAACAUUGUCUUAUGAUGACAUUUAAAUUUUAAGACAUGUUACUUCACUUUUUUUCAUGGCAAUAAGCUAAUAAGAGUAUAUUCCAUCCUAUAUGUGAUACAGUAUAUGAGAUAAUAGUUUUCAGGGUAUGAGGUAAUCGGAACAUUCAGAACUUGGAAGUUCUACAAAAUAAUAUUGGAACUAGGAUAGCUUUGCUGAAAAUGCACUGUAUAAUUAUAUUCAGUGUAAAAAUGGAUACCAUUUUAUAGUUGAAAGAAAAAAACCUUACUUUCAGUGUACUAUUGGCACUGUUUAGAACAUAUUUGACAGACUAAAUAAGUGCAAAUACAAAUGGGAUUUUGACUUUGAAAUAUUAUUCUCUCACAGCCUUCAUGACAGAAAACAUUUUUCACAAAUUUUUGUUUUUACUUAAAUCAUCCAUUGGUUAAUCCCAUAAUUUAUUAUCAUAUGAAGUCUGGUCUGUGUGAAAAUUGAUUGUCCUGGAUUGUAGGAAAAUAAAGCAGCUAUUCUGUAGGAUCAAACACCCAAAUCAUACUAUUUAAAAAAUAUUGCAAAUUAUAUUGCUGAAUUAAAAAGUGCUUUGAAACCAGAUAAAAAUAGGACAUAAGUAAUGUAAAUACACUUAGGUAUUAAAUAGUGUAUUUGUUUCAACAUAAAAGUCAUUUGCUCAGUUUUGACGCGGGUUCAAUUUUUUUCAAUGCAAAUAUUUUUGUCCAAAAUGGUACCAGUGCUUUUAUUUUGUCAAAAUUAUUUUUGUGGGAAAUGAGAGGGACUUAGAUUUAAAUGAAUAUUUUUAUCAGGGAGACAAUACACCCAGCAGUGCUCAGAACUUACUUGUGACUCUGUACCCAAGGAUCAUUCCUGACAGUGCUGUGAGAGACCACAUGUGGGUUCAAAUUGGUGUGGCCAUAUGCAAGGAAAGCGCCUGAACCCUUCUACCGUCUUUCCAGAUCCUGAAAUGAACCUUAACAAAGCAUCCUCAUUAGAAAUUACAAUGUAUUGAUUCUAGUUAUCAUAGAAAUUUGAAGAAUGAUCUUGUAAGUAAUUCAGUUUUCCAGUUCUCGUACUCUUUUAAAAGGUUAAUAUAAUUUAAAAAAAUCUAAGUAUUGUUUUCAAAAUGACUAUAACAGGACAAAUGAUAUAAAAGGAAAUCAUAAAGGUUCUUGAUAAUAGUACAUACUAUAUUAUUUUGCUCAAAUACUUUUGUUCUUUUAAUAGAAUUACUUAUUGCAAUACAGGAUUAUAAAUUUUACACUUUUUUCCCCCUACAGCUAUUGUUUUUAAAUACCGAAUAAUGUUGAGCUUUAUAAUUCUGGAUUUGUUGCAUAUUUAAAAUGGAAUUUCUAAAACAUAAUCUAAGCAUGGAAAAUAAUAUCUUGUUUAUAGAGAAAAUAUAGUUAGCUUAUUAGUUGUAGAAUACCUGAAAUAUUCUGAUAUUUGUGUUUGGUCUUAAGGGGAACAAUGCAUUCAUUUAAUUAAAACUAUAUUUUUAAUAUUUAUAACUUCUAGAAAAAUUUUCAAAGGAUACACCAAGUAAAUACUCUAACUUAAAAUUCUGAGUAAAUACUCUAACUUAAAAUUCAGUAAAAUUAUUAAUGAAUAAAACAAUUUUCUAUUUUAAUAUAAAAUAUUGGACAAUCAAUUGACCUAAUUAGGCAUUUUGAUUAUAAAACAUUGAUUCAAAUAAAUUCUACUAAAAUAAUUACUGUUAAAAAUAUUUAGUUAAAGUUUUUCAGCCUACUAAGAAAAGUUGCUCAUUCAGUAUGUAAGGGCUUGUCUCUGUGUAUUUCACAUAUUCAUCCUACUUGUGGAUAAAAAUCCAUCUAAUAAGGGAAAAGAAACUCAAUUACAUUGACCUAUAACCCUCUCUGAUAGAUUGUAUGACUCUCCUUAGCUCAUACACAGACAAUUUUCCUGAAAACAGCAUUUGAAGUUAUAAGAAUUAUUAAUUGCUACUUGUUUCAAAAACCACAUGGUGUUCAAGUGAUUACAAAAAUCAUCCUGAGGGAAACCUACUUAGGUCAACUAGGGAAAGCACGAAAGGCCAAAGAUACAGUCACCAAAAAGUUCACAGAAAUGUAUUAUUCAAUUGUAAAUACUGAAAACUACUAAAAAGUACCUGGGAUUUCUGAAAUAAAGAGUUAAAUACUUGAUCAAUAAAAUGUGACCAGGGGAAAAUGACAGUGUUCUGGUGUGGAAUGUCUUCAUACAACUACUUUAUGAAAAAGGUAGUAUUGAAAUCUUUGAUGGCAAUUUCUCAUACAAAUUAAAAUAAGUAUGUUUCCAUUCCUUUUUUCUAACUGAGAUCAUAAAAGGAUCUGACAAAAACCAUGAACACCUUUGGUUUUCAAGAAAAAAAAUGCUCCAUCACAUAAACAGAUAUACACAUAUAUAAUUUACUCAAUUGUACAGGAAUUAAAUAUUUGCAUGCUAAUUUGUAAAAUUUCCCCUAAUAGGUAAAAGAUAUGAUUGCAGAACUUAUUGUGCCAGAAAAUUUUUCUAGAGUUCAUAAAGAAGAUGAUAAUAUCCUUCCUUUUGAAUUCAUAUAUAAAAUUGUUUUAUUUGAAAGUCCAGUGAACAUCUCAGAAUUAACAUUAACAAAACCAGAUAUUAGUUCUUUCACUCUAAACUUGCUUCACUCUCGCCUUUUCAGCUCACAUUUAUCUGUAAUCAUCUUGACUCUGGGGCUUAAAGCUUUUGUGUUAUCCUUUUUCCUUUCCAAACUCUCUCUCAGAACUAGCUAUAAUUAAGAAGCAAACUAAUAUGCAUCCUUCAAAAUAUCUGUGCCCAGGGGCUGGAGCGAUAGCACAGCGGGUAGGGCAUCUGCCUUGCACGCGGCCAACACAGGUUCAAUUCCCAGCAUCCCAUAUGGUCUCCUGAGCACCGGCAGGGAUAAUUCCUGAGUGCAGAACCAGUAGUAACCCCUGUGCAUCAUUGGGUGUGACCCAAAAAUAAAAAAUAAUAAUAAAAAAAGACCCAAACUUUUAAAAAAAUAUCUGUGCCCAAAGUGUGACAAAUAUCUAUGCUUCAUCAUUAUCACUGUGACCAGAGACUAUCAUUUUCACCUAGUUUACUUAUAUGUGAGAUCUUUUCUCCCUGUCUCUGCCUUUGAAUUCUUAUGGUAAAUUUAUAAAUACAAAAAUGGUGAAUGAAUGAUGAUAACUUGUCUCAAAACUCCCCAUAGGUAAAAUUUGUAAUGGAAUAUGAACAGAGUUCAUGUGAAGAUUGUAAGCACCACUAUAGCACAAGAGCAUACUUUUUGACUGGGUUUGCAUGCAUAAUGAAAGAUUGUUUUGUCUUAAAUCUAAAGUUCUAUAUGAUAUACCCACUCAGCCCUGCACCUCUGACCUUCAGUUUUCUAAAAUAAUCUCUUAGAAAUAUUUAAUUUAUUAUUUUUUCUCUUGCCAGACUGAAAUUAUUAUUUAUCUAGGAAUUUGCCAAGCAUUCCACCACCUCAGAAUUUUUGCACUUCUGUCCAUCCUUCUAUUUCCAGAUAUGGAUAUGUUUUACUACCUUAUUUCUUUCCUAUGUUUAUUCAGAUGUCACAUUCUUAGAAUUCUAGAUUUUAGAAAUCUAAAUUUCUUAUCUGAAAUUACAUGAGUUCUUCAUUUUUCUCUUUUCUAUUUUUUAUCUGUAGAGCUUAUAGCCUUCUAAUACACAUCUAAUAAUAUAUCUCACUUAUUUUGUUUAUUUUAUACUUUUCCCUAGUAUAUGAUAAACUCCACACAGACAGGGCCUUUAGUCUGUCUUGUUUGUUAUUGUAUUGCUAAUGCUUUGAAUGUUUCCUAGAUUUUAAUAUAAAAAAGGGAGCCUGCAUGGUGAUUGUGGCUUGUUCCAGCAAGCUAUAGUUAGCAAUCUGUAGUACAUAUUUAAAAGAAGUUUUGUUGUUUCUUAAUGGACACACCUUUUUGCUAUUCAUCUUGAAAGUGGAGAGUUCCCCGAACCCUGCUGAUUAUACUACCUUGAACCAAGAAUUUAUGCUUUCCCCAAUCUGGUUUCUAGCCCAGCAUAAAAUUUUAUAAUGUUUAAGCAUUAUCUUUGAAAUUUCCCUAAAAUCACUUGGGUCUAAGAACAUGUGCUUAGCUAAUGUUUACACUGGAGAUGUAACUUAAUACCUCACAUUAAAAAAAUCACUUUAAAAGGUGGAGCAGGAUGGGAAAAAUUAUUUUAAAUUCAACACCAUAUAACUUGUUUCAUUGAUUAUCUUCAUUUACUUCUAAUAUUCAAAAAUUCCAGAUAAUUACAAGAUCAAAAUUCCUCCAUACUGGAGGGAGGAUUAAGAAAUUAUGCCUAUAUAGUUUCUUCUACUGGAAAGGAAAUAGUGAGUUGCAAGAGGGAAAGGAAUUAUUAUCUCUUUGGAAGUAAUUACGCAAUGAAUAAAGGAAGUGCUUUGCUAAUUUUCUAAAAUCUCCCCAUGAACCAGAACUCUUGCUAACUAAUUUAUACUUGCUAAACUGUUCACUUAAUUCCGUCUUUUUGGAAGGUUUUAGUUCUGUGACCAGAUGACAGGAAAUGCGCAUGCUCAUAGAGUCUGGCUUCCCAUGGUUUCCUUUUCUAUUUUAAUGGCAUCCAUCAUUUUUUUGAUAUUGCAAUGAACAUUUUUCUUUUUUAUUUUGUAUCUAGACUUUGUAAUUUUGGUUUCCUACUUUAGAACUGUUUUUUUUUUCCUAUAGCUUCAGUACUAAAAUAGCUAGAUAUUGUUUUUAUGUCAUGUUUGUUUGGUUUUUAUCCUUUCCAGCAUCUUUCAUUCUUACCAAAUGUAUAGUAUUCCUUUCUGUCCACUACACUAUUGUGCCUUUCAUGGUGAUCAUUUAAAUUUGAAAUUCUAAAAUCUCAUACCAGAUCUUCUAUUAAGAAGACACUAAAAUAAAGAAUUAGUAGAUGGUACUGAAGAAAGAAUUAUAACCUAAAUAGUAAGAAAAUGUUUUGAUAUUUGAAAAUGUUUUCAGAAAACCACCCCAGUCUUUCAUGAUGAGCUUUGAGAUCAGUUCUGUGGAAUAUUUGCAGUGCAUUUGGGUUAUAUUUCUUGUUAAUCAAACCAAUAUAUGGCAAUCAGGGUUAAUGGAUAGUUUAGAAAACUACUUUCUGUAGAAAGAGAAUAAAUGAUCCUUGCUCAGGAAAAAAAAAUUUCUUGUGUUACUACUAGAUCCUUGACAGUCUGUUCAGUAGAAGCCAUUUGCUUCUGCAACAUGCUGUUUUGUCAGUCUUCAAGAAUAGGUCUAGUAAACUUUUACAAAUAAAGGGUACAAGUGCAAGUAUACACAGUACAUGGUAUAUCUUAUUGUUUUUGUCAUCCUAUAAAUUUGGUUACUUUUCAUGAACCAUUUUUAUAAUUAAAUCCUAGGCAUAUAUUCUUUGGUAAAUUUUGUUACUCUACCCACUUUUGUAUGAAUUUAGAAAUUUGACAAAACAGAUCAUUGUUUAUUAUAUUCAUAAGACCAUCAUAUUUUUCUGUCUAGAUUGUUUCAUGCUUUUGUUUAUUUCUGAAGAUGAAUAGAGUUCUGUUAAAUAGAAUGUCACUAUGUAAAAUUUAGAUGCAGAAAUGUGAAUUUGCCUAUAUGCCCUUUCAAUAUUUCCAUAAUAAACAGAAUUCCUGUAAAUUUAGAAAAUA